AGCAUCUCCGGCUCGCUUGUCAGAUUUCAUAUGCUUGGCCUCGACCUCCCUACGCGUAAUGCCGACCGCAUGGUUCGUGCGGAAUUGGUCCUCCCGUUACUCCCCGCUCAAUGGCCUCCACUCUGUAGCGGUACCAUACAUAACCCGUGCAAGUGCCGACAUGAUGGCGUGUCCAGAACUGCUCGAGGAGGCCCUAGGCGUUUGUAAGCUGUUAUCGGCGCCCUACAGGCAGCAUAACGAGCAAGGAUGCAGCCUUUCGAAUACAAUCCCAACCCUGGCCGGGUAGUCUUUGGCAGCGGCAGCAUCAAGAAACUGCCGGACGAGAUCAAGCGUUUGAACAAGUCGAAACCUUUGCUCCUCUCGACACCGCAGCAGGCAGAUCAGGUCAAGGCGCUUGAGCCGAUAUUGAAAGAUGGCUCUAUCGCGCCAGCUGGGCUGUUCAGCGAAGCCACCAUGCACACCCCUACACACGUCACGGAGAAAGCGCUUCAGUACACUAGAGAAUGCGGCGCAGACUGUGUGGUUAGCUUUGGCGGUGGCAGUACAAUCGGACUGGGCAAGGCCAUCUCGAUACGGACGGGCUUGGAGCAUGUCUGCGUACCGACAACGUAUGCGGGCAGCGAGAUGACACCUAUUCUGGGUGAGACGGCGGAAGGGCGAAAGACUACCAAAUCCGACCCUAAGAUCUUGCCGGGAACGGUGAUCUAUGAUGUCGAUUUCACCAUGACGCUGCCGGAAGGGUUGAGUGCGACGAGUGGUGUCAAUGCUAUUGCUCAUGCUGUGGAGGCGCUCUACGCUCGCAAUACGAACCCUGUCAUCAACCUCAUGGCUCUCGAGGGCACGAAGGCGCUGGCUGAAUCAUUACCCAUCAUCGUGAACAAGCCUCAUGACGUAGACGCACGGUCUAAAGCACAGUACGGCGCUUGGCUAUGCGGCAUGUGCCUUGGCUCUGUCGGCAUGUCACUCCAUCACAAGCUGUGUCACACGCUUGGUGGCUCCUUCAACUUACCUCAUGCGGAAACGCAUACGAUCGUGCUGCCUCAUGCCAUAGCAUAUAACUCUCCUAAGAUCCCGGAAACCAUGCAGCGGCUUGCUGAUGUGCUCCCGGAAUCGCAUGGAGACGCAAUCCGGGGGCUUAAUGUUUUGCUUACGAAGCUCAAAGUCAAGCGUGGAUUGAAAGAGUACGGCAUGAAGGAGGAGGAUGUCGACAAGGCUGCAGACAUCGCGGUUAGCAAUCCUUACUGGAACCCUAGAGAAAUCGAAAAGGAGCCUUUAAGGGAAACUAUCCGGCGAUGCUGGGCUGGAGAAGAGGCUAAAGCUGAUCUGUGAAAGGACGCACUGUCCCCAGGCUGCGGAGCUUACAGAGUGAUUGCUCCAAUGCAACAUUAAUAUGGCACGGUUCUAAGUUGUUUGGCGCGGGCUAUGCUGCCCCCAGAAUCGGGAU